AUGGAGGACCCUGAGAAGAAGCUGGACCAGAAGGGUGACAGCAAACCCCGGAAAGUACGAUUCAAAAUCUCCUCCUCCUACAGCGGCCGGGUGUUGAAGCAGGUCUUUGAGGAUGGGCAGGAAUUAGAGUCACCAAAAGAGGAAUACCCUCACAGUUUUCUCCAAGAGGCCCUGGAACCAAUGGAUGGUGUGUAUGGGUCAGGGGAAGCCCCCAAACCGCAACCAUGCUCCCCGAAGCUGACUGCUCAAAGGAUCAGCGUGUUUAGAGAGGGCAAUGCCUACACUUUGGCGGGCAGCCAGCCUUUCUUCAAUGAUUACAAGGCGAAUGACCAUAAGUCUCCACCCAUUAUAGAUUUUGGAAAGAUAAUCAUCUACACAAAUAACCUGAAAAUCAUUCGAACUCCAAUGGACAAGAGAGACUUCAUGAGGAAAAUUCUGCAGAAAGAGGAGGCUGAGGAAGAGUCCCUGAUGAGGAAAGAGGCAAUCUAUGGGGACAGCAAUCAGAACCAUAGCCCUCCACCAGAGAUGGAAAGCACUUUCCCCCAUAACCAGUAUCCACAGGAAGGGGAGCUUCCUGAGGACAACUGUUUUCACUGCCGAGGGUCGGGCAGUGCCACUUGCUCUCUAUGCCAUGGCAGCAAGUUCUCGAUGCUGGCCAACAGAUUUAAGGAGUCCUAUCGGGCCCUGCGGUGCCCUGCCUGCAAUGAGAAUGGCCUGCAGCCUUGCCAGAUUUGCAAUCAAUAG